AUGACUGACCGUUCAAGGAGAGAAAGGAAAGGCGCGGAUAAAUUAGCAGUGUAUCGACGAGUGAGGGAGGGUGGGGCACGGGAGUGGAAGCAAGACGAAGGCGAUUUGUAUGACGAAGUGACGGACGACCAGUACAAACACAUCGUCCGUGGCAGACUCCAGAGAGACGAUUUCGUGGUGGACGAUGGGGUAGGUGAUUAUAUGGAUAAUGGUAUGGACGAUUGGACAGGAAAUGGUGAUGAAGGCGACGAAGAAGAGGAAGAGGAGGAAGAAUACCGCGACAGGAAGAAAAAGUCAAAGAAGAAGUCCGACGAUAAGUCGCGUGGCAAACCGAAAGUUGUUCCUCCAGUAACCAAACCUUCGAUAAGUGCAUACCGUCCAGCGGUUUCUGUAGAACAAGAAGAUGAUUUCAUGGCUAACUUGCUCGGCAAUAUCGAUGCCAUACCCGCUACUACUGUCUCAUCGUCCAAGAGGGCCAAGAAACGUAAACCAUCUCCCGAGUCUGACUACGAUGAUUCGCAUAUAGGGCCUGCUUCCUCUUCGCCAUACCGACAUCGUACUACUUCUUAUUCCUCCGAUGGCCCACUAGACGAUACUCAUACAAAUCCGCCGUCCAGUGAUUACGACUACGAUCCAGUCGAUGUUAUGAGUCCCAAGAAGAAAGUUCGUUUGACCACCCCUCGUAUAGGUAACGGAGCUGGAAUAACCCCGGCUAUAGAGCGCAUGGGUAAGCUCGAAGUCCACACCAGUUCUGAGCCUGAAGAGACAUCGAUGGACAUGGAUUAUGCUGACCUCGAUAUGGACGCGUUCAUGGACAUUAAUGAAGAUUUAGACCUCGGUGAUGUGAAGAAUAGGAAGCCAAUAAAGAAAGAGCCCAUUCCAUUCAAAAUUGAUGCCCGAGCUGGUGUAUUUACUACCAAACCAAGCACUACGGCGAGGACGAAGAAAGAAGAAGAAGAUACGCCUUCAUGGCUUUCUGUAUAUGAUUCUCUUGCGGUUGCACAAGAGGCCGAGGCCUUUGGUCCUUCUAUAACAUCCAACUCCAAAUCACAAUUCAAAUCAGAUGAUUCUGUUGCACGAACUGUUUUUGAACCAGACGGCAGCCUUCGCUUCUUUUGGCUAGACUGCCUCGAACAUGGCGGCAAGCUAUUCUUCAUUGGAAAGGUGCUAGAUAAAUCUUCAUCUUCAAGUGCUAAUCCGCGAGGCAAGGGCCAAUGGAUGUCAGCAUGCAUUACCGUCGAAAACCUUCAACGUAACUUGUUUAUCCUCCCCCGGGAAUAUCGCGUGGACGCCAUCCCCGUAGACGAUGAACCCCUUUCCUCGGAUGACUCCGAAAGUAAAGGAGCAGCUACCAAGAAGAAAGGCAGGCCGAAAAACGUGGAGAAUGGCAUGGUUAUGCAUGCAACGGACGUGGUUCCUUCCCAAUCCGAUGUUUACGACGACUUUGACAGGAUCCGGCGGAAAUGCGGAGUAAAAAGCUGGAAAGGGCGAUGGGUUAAGAGAAAUUAUGCGUUCGACGAGAGUAAAGUGCCGAAAGAGGGAGACUGGAUGAAAGUAGUGUACGGGUUUGAUGAUCCUCCACUGCCGUCAAAUGCUCAGUCUCCCCACAUUGCCCGCAUAUUUGGUACAAAUACGAGUGCGUUCGAGCUAUUUGUGCUCAAGCGCCGGAUAAUGGGCCCAUGUUGGUUAAGCAUCAAGAAUGCAGUGGUAGAAGGCAAAGGGAUAUCCUGGUGUAAACUUGAAGCCAGCGUGUCCGAUCCAAAGGACGUAUCUCCCAUUUUUGACAAUACACCUGAUGCACCUCCUCUCACAAUCAUGUCCCUUGCCGUGCGUACAGUAGUCAAUCACCAUGAGAACAAGCGCGAGAUAGUUUGUGUCACUGGGAGAAUCUGGAAGGAUGUCACGCCUGACGAACACAUCCGUGUCCUCACCCUCAUCUCUCGAUAUAUUGUGAUGUCCACUAACCAAUAUGCUAUUACAGUCGACCUUGACGAUCCAACACCUCCUGAACAGUUACCCUGUAGUGUUCACACUCUCGUCCGACCCUUGGAUCGCUUCCCGCCGAACUUUGAGGUCAAAGCACGCUCAAACGGGAGAGGAAUGAUUACACCAAUGAAGAACGAGAGGAUGCUACUAAAUAGUUUAUUAACAACUAUGUUCAAAGCCGACCCAGAUGUCCUUGUGGGACACGAUUUUCUCGGGGUUUCACUGGAUGUGCUUAUAGGUCGCAUGAAAGACCUCAAAGCAGACCACUGGUCGCGUUUGAGCCGGUUUAGACGCUCUAAAUGGCCAAAUAUUGGGAGGCAGGGGACGAACCUCAAGUUCUUAAAUGGACGGCUUCUGUGUGAUCUUGCAAGUGAUGGUGCUAGAAGCAUGAUAUCAUCAACAACAUGGUCGCUUACAGAAAUGUGCAAAACUCAUCUCAAAUCCGACAGGCAAGACAUUGAUCCAGACGAUACAGCUACUUAUUUCGAUGGGAGUGUGUCCUCACCGGAGAAACUUCUGACUUUCGUCAGACAUUGCGAACUCGAUGCACAUUACCAGAUGGCUAUUGCUUCCAAGGUCCAGAUACUGCCGUUGACGAGGCAAUUGACAAAUCUCGCUGGAAAUGCUUGGAACAAGACCCUUAAUGGCGGUCGAGCAGAGCGGAAUGAGUACAUUCUGUUACAUGAAUUUCAUAAACUGAAGUACAUAUGUCCCGAUAAAACCUUUGGUAAAAAGGCUCUCCCACCUACAAAGUCUGAUGACCCCGAUGACCCCGAUGGCGAGGGUGGCGCAGGAGGGGGGAAAGGCGUAAAAGGAAAGCGUGACAAGUAUAAGGGCGGGUUAGUAUUUGAGCCGAAACGCGGGCUCUGGGAUAAAUAUAUAUUGGUCAUGGACUUCAACUCGCUGUAUCCAAGUAUUAUCCAGGAGUACAACAUAGAUUUCACGACGGUGGAAAGGGAUGAGAGCGAUGACAUUCCUGAGCCUCCCCCAUCUGAAGUAGCACAGGGUGUACUACCUAGGCUUAUUGCUACCCUUGUCAGUCGACGGCGGCAAGUCAAAUCUCUAAUGAAGGACAAGUCUGUCUCACAUGCCAAGCUGCUUCAGUACGACAUAAAGCAGCAAGCUCUGAAGCUGACUGCUAAUAGUAUGUAUGGGUGUCUUGGUUUUGAAUACUCGCGAUUUUACGCGCGACCACUUGCCGCCCUUACUACUUUCAAGGGACGAGAGAUUCUGACUCACACCAGAGAGCUCGCUGAGAGCCUACAGCUCGACGUCGUCUAUGGUGACACAGAUUCUGUAUUCGUCAAUUCUAACGUGACAGAAUUGUCUGAGGCACUCAAAAUCUCAGCCGAGUUCAAAAAAGCCGUGAACGACCGGUACAAACUACUGGAGAUUGACUUGGACGGCAUUUUCGCCCGGCUGUUGCUAUUACAAAAGAAGAAGUACGCUGCAAUCAAGGUUGAGGAUGGCUCGAGGACAUCGACAGAAGUAAAAGGGUUGGAUAUGAAAAGGAGAGAAUACUGUGUGCUUUCCAAAAGCGUAUCACAAUAUGUGCUGGAUCAGAUUCUUUCAGGAGAGGCCACUGAAACUGUGGUAGAGCGAAUACAUGAAUAUUUGGCCACUGUUGGGGAAAAUGUCCGCGGUGGUAAAGUCAAACUUGAUGACUUUAUUGUCUAUAAGCGCCUUGGAAAGAAUCCUGAAGACUACCCAGACGCUAAGUCUCAACCUCAUGUCCAAGUUGCCAUGCGCAUGAAAGCCAAAGGUGGAAGCGCGCGUAGUGGAGAUGUUAUCCCAUAUGUCUUCUGUAUCGCUGCCGGAGAGGAGAGUGCUAAAAGUGCGCAGGCAGAACGUGCCAAGCACCCGGACGAGAUAAAGAAAGCUGCACCCGGCGAAAUGAACAUUGACUACGAACAUUAUCUCGCGUUACAAGUACUGCCCCCCAUCGAACGUCUUUGUGAACCGAUUGAGGGGACAGAUAAAGCGAGAUUGGCAGAGUGUCUUGGCCUAGAUCCAGCGCGAUUCCGUAGCUCACUCGCUGGACAAGACGUCGGUAUGACAUUCGGCACACUCGAUUCUCGGACGUCGGACUCGGAACGUUUCCGCGAUGCCAUACCAUUUAUUGUGAGGUGCCGAUCCUGCAAGGGACAGAUUGUCUUCGCCCCCAUCAAUGAUGGAUCCACUCUUUUGCGGUCCGAUGGGCCUAUCUGCCCCGCAUGUAAAGCCAUAUUUGGCACCGCAUCGUUGAUAGCGCAACUGGAAGUACAGAUCAGAAAGUGCAUCUCCAGAUACUACGAAUUCUGGACAGUGUGCGAUGAUCCAACGUGCGGCGCACGUACGAGAGGAAUGGGAGUGUAUGGAAGGCGUUGCCUGAGGCGCGUAGAGGCAAGCGAGACUGGUGGAAGUGGUGGUGUCGAAGAGAGGUGCAAAGGAAAUGUGAGAAUUGAAUACGGGGAUGCAGACUUGUACGAUCAAAUGCGAUAUUUCGCAUCUCUAUUCGACGCGGAAAGGGCAGUGAGGGGAGCGUUGGAUCGUGAGAAAAUGAUCACAUUGACUAGUCACAAUGUCAUUUUUUUGCAGACGAUGAUGGAGACGGUGGAAAAAUAUACCGAUCAAUGUGGACGACGAUGGGUUGAUUUGAAGUCUUUGUUUUCAUAA